AUGGGAGGCAGCAAGAAGACGACUGCUGCUGAACGUCAGGCCAAGCUCCUGGAGGAGGCCAAAGGAGAGGUGAACCGCCGCGCUUGCCUCCAUCGCCAGCUGCACAAGACGAAGUUCUGCACCUACUUCCUCAAGGGGGCCUGUCACUAUGGUCCACAGUGUGCCUUCGCACACAGCUGCACCGAGCUCCAGGCAAUGCCGGAUCUUCGCAAAACCCGCAUGUGCAAGGCCUUCGCCGAGGGCAAGUGCAUCGAUCCGAACUGUGCCUUCGCGCAUGGCGAGCAGGAGCUGGUCUCGACGGGUCUCUUCCAUAAGAUGUCGCUUUGCAAGUGGAAUGAAAAGGGCAAAUGCCGAAACGGCAGUCAGUGCCGUUUUGCACACGGACUCGAGGAGCUCCGCGACAUGAAAAAGGCCGUGACGGCUGCAGCAGCCUUUGCUCCUCCGGACGUGCCUGCAAAAUCCAAGCCGAUCGAGAAGGCAGAGCCGAUGAAGGUGACCAGUGCGGGGGCCGGUUUGGAGCCGAUUGCCACCGUUGCCGCCUUGGCUGCGGCUGCCGCAGGCUCAUCUCUUCUGACCACUCCUCCCGGGCUGUCGACCCUCAAGUCGACACAGCCAGGGCGCAAGAGGACAGCUCUGCGCGCCUCUGCCGAAGCCUGGCCUUACCAGGGCAAGUUCCAGGCCGAUGCCGAUGAUUCCGUUCCGAUGAUCACGCCGGACAUGUUCGCGUUUUCGCAGGCCCUGGCCGCACAAGCUCUGGCGUGUGCCAAUCUACAGGCGCUGAGUGAUUCCUUUAUGCCGAAGAUGUACAUGGGGGAGCUUGGCGGGAACGUGGGCAGCUACUGGUUUCAGGCAGAGUCCUUCGACGAGGAAGCCUUUGAUCGCAUGGUCUCAACACAGACGGAAGAUAUGGCCGAUGAGAAGUUCGAAGCCGAGUAUCUCGUGGAUAUGGGAGCGGUCUCCGCUUGA